GGAGUGGUUGCAGUUCUAGUGCAUCAUUGGCAGCAAGUCAUUCGCCGGCUGCGAAGCGGUUCGGAGCAAAACUAACUGACUACUCAGCUCAAGGAAAGAUGCUGCUUCACUUGAGGCUCCUUGCUAAGUGCCUCAUCUCGGCAGGUGUCUUGUUCAGUCUGCUAAACUAUGUAUGUAGCAGGAGCCAUCGAGUUUCCCGGAGUCACAGGUUCAGCUACGAGAAAAGCCGUCAGGAACUGUGGCACCAGCAUCACGAGAAGUGCGGUGGGGAGUACCAGUCUCCCAUACUGAUCGUUAGACAUCGCGCCAUCCCUCUACCGCUGAGAGCAGUGGAGAUGAUUGGCUAUCAUGACCCGCUACCUGGUCCCCUCAACCUCACCAACAACGGGCAUUCAGUGAUGCUGAGACCAGAGGGGCUGGGGCGCGUUAAGCACCCUCCAGCAGUCUACGGCGCCCUGCUCAAGGACCAUUAUGUCAUGGAUACCUUGCACUUCCACUGGGGACUUCGGGACUAUCGGGGAAGCGAACACAGGGUGAAUGGGGUAAGAUAUCCAAUGGAAAUGCACAUCGUCCACAGGAAACAAAACUAUGAAUCUGUCCAGGAGGCGAUCGGCUACAGCGACGGUUUGUCUGUCCUAGCCUUUUUCUUCGAGGUGCGAGAGAAGGAAAACCCGAAAUUGCAGCCUCUGCUGAAGAAACUGAAACAAGUGGCCCUGGAGGGUGAGUCCGUGCACCUGGACUCCACAUUCACCAUGGCGUCACUUCUGCCACAAGACCUCGAGAUAUACUACACGUACCGGGGGUCCUUGACCACGCCGCCCUGCUCCGAGGUUGUCACCUGGAUCGUGUUUCCGGAGCCACAAUUCAUAUCGUACAGACAAUUGAAGAAAUUCCGACGUCUGUCUGCCAAGGAGUCCAAGAUAGCUGACAAUUAUCGCUUCCUGCAAGAUCUGGGCAACAGAGUGGUGUACGUCAGGAAAAUGUUUUCGGAAAAGACAACUGGAAACUUCACGAACAGUGACAAAAUCUGGUAUAAUUGAAAGCGUGUGCUGAGGUUUAUUACACGAGGACAAUGGCCACAUAUAGAGAGAAGUUUCUUUAGAAAAUACCGGUUAAAUGCAUGCUGAACCAGCCAAAGACAUAAAGUAGUUGCCCGUGACAUAAGCUUUCAACGUCUUGUUCUUGGCUUAAUAUACUCUACAUGGCUUAUGGAAUUAUCUUACGGCACAAAUUUCCAAAGAUAUAAUUUUAUCAGGCCCAUAUAAAGAGCUUAUAAAUAUUGCCCUAUUUGUCUGCAAGCCAGAACCACAAAUAUAAUGGAGCGAAAGGAGUAGGUGGUAAAAUUUUUAAUCCAUAACGGAGAUGUUACUGCCCCUAAGAAUGAAAUUUACCGUAUAACACGUAGACGGCUAACAUUUUACUAUGAAAACCUAGAUGCAUGAUAAAUGCAUAUAUUAAAUUGCACAUAACAAUUAAGAAAAGCCUAUAGAAAGUGUCAGUGAACCAGGCACAUUCCACAAGCAUGUUGAGCCAAGACUAACCCUGUCACGUCUUUCUCUCAAUGAAGGUAGGUACAAAAGAAGAGAUAAUUAGGAGUUGUUUUAACGUACAUCUUUGAGUUUUAUGUUCAUCCUUAUUACAGCUUGUUAAUUUGAGCUGCUCUGUGGUCUAGUGGUCAGAGUUCCUGGAUAUAGACCCAGAGGUCCGGGUUCGAUUCCCGGCGCUAACAGAU